UUUUAAGUGUUGAUGUGUUUCAUAAAUAAUUAGUUAAUUAAUUAAACUAUUAAUUGAAUGAUUGAAUCAAUUGAUUGAUUGAUUUAUCGCAUGAAUACAUUGUUUGUCACUAUUUUUUGAUUAAUUAUUAAAUGAUUGUUACAUUAAUUGAGAAAAUUAUCGACAAAACAACUCAAAACAAAUGUCUUCGCAGCGGUUGUUAAACAAACUGAACAAAUGUCUAGAAAGUGGUGACUAUUAUGAGUCGCAUCAGAUCUAUAGGACAUUAUAUUAUCGUCUCUUACGGGAGAAAAAACACUUACAAUUGUGUCAACUCUUGUUUGAUGGAUCUAUCCUUUUGAUGACAUCGGGUCAACACAAUUCUGGCGCCGAUUUGGCCACACUUUACAUACAAUUAUUAAUUGAAAGCAAUAACAAGACAGUCAAUGACGAAGAGAUUGUAGGACAGGACCAGCUCUUAGACAAUAUUCGACGACUUUUUGAAUUAAUUCCACCGAAAACUCCCGAAAGAGUGACUUUUAUUGGGACGACUAGUAAAGUGACUUUUAUACCGAUGACUGCUAUUCGUCGACAAUUUGCAACAGUCUUGUGGCGCGAGAAGAACUUUGUGGAAUCGCGUCAGCAUUUUGUCCACUCAUCCGAUUCCGGCAUUGAAUGCUCUGAAAUGCUCAUUGAAUUUCAAACUACUUUAGGCUAUCCUUCAGAAGUGGAUCUCUUUAUUGCACAGUUUGUUCUACAAGUUCUUUGUUUACGAAACAAACCGAUGGCCGACCAAACGUUUCGCGAGUAUACUUCAAAACAUCCAUCCAUUAACAACUCUAAUCCACCGUUUUUAUUGCCAUUAUUAAACUUUUUAUCAUUUCUUUUAAUGGCAAUCGAUAGUGGAAAAUCGGAAACUUUUAAAUUGUUGACUGAAUCAUACGGAACAACAUUAAAGCGCGACCCAUCAUUUAACGACUACCUGAGCCAAAUCGGUCAUAUUUACUUUGGCAUUGAAAAAGCUUCGAGAGGUGGUCCGCAAGGAUUUUUCGGCAAUUUUAUACAAUCAUUAUUAGAGGACAGCGAUGAAGAGCACUCAUCAAAUGCCGACUCGGGUAACGCCAACCGUACUAUUGACUCCCGGAGUCAACAGAGAGCAGAGGACGUAGAGCUCGAUUGACAAAUUGAUGACAAAAUGUUUUUUAUAGAGUUUAUAUUAAAUCAAUAAAAGAAAGCUUUUAUUACAAUUAUUACAAUUUGUAUGUAAAAAGC